AUGGCGCGCACGACCACACCACGGAAUAGUAACCGCGGCGGCGUGGCUGAGGCAACCACCGUGCCGACCUCCUCCCCAUCUGCCACUCGUCUCGAUCGACGACAGGUGUCGCCGCCCAGCGACACAAGCGUCGCCGAGCAGCUGAACACGCCGACGAGGAAACGAUCUACGACUGCAGCUCGGAGAACGAACGGCACCGCCAGCGGCAGCGUAUACGAUGUGCCGGGCGAUGAUGGACGCGACGUCUUUGAAAACUCGCGCAAGACCGACGAACGUUACCUAUCCGUGGCAACUGCCCACAAGCCCAAUGGCAGUCGAUCGAGUCGGAAGCGGAAAGCCACAUCUGCCGAGCCUCUCGUCACAACAAACUUGGACGAAGAAAUCGACGACCGUGGCGAAGAAGGCAUACAGGCGAAUGGCCAUGGAGAUGACGGCGAAGGGACGGACUCGGGCGAUGGCCCCGCGCGUUCUCUGUCUGUGGCUGCAGAGACAGCAUUGGACUCUGCCAUAGAGGCUGAGCCGCCCGUGGCAGGACCCACUCCCACGAGCAAACGGCGCCGUACAGGCGACGCGUUUGCGACGCCGACCAAAUCGACGCCAACCAAGGCAGCUCGUGGCAGUGUUGCCCAGACUCCAAACACGCGGCGAACACUGGCAGACCGGUCGGCACGAAAGAAGAGCACACGUGCGCUUAUUGACCGCAUGGUGGCUGGGGCUGACGACGAUGAUGAGGACGAAGCAGCUCUAAAUGACGCCAUCCUUGAUGCAGACGACGAAGAUGGUGAAGACGGUGAAGACGUUGAAGACGACGAGGAUCCAGAGGCUGCCGCAGAACCGGCUGCUUUCGAGCUAGGACAGGAACCCCCUGCCGUUCUCGAAGCCCACGAGGCAUCCCUUGACGCCCCAACGCCGAGAAAACGCGGCAGACCACCAAAGGCCAAGGGCGCUGCAACCCCCGCAAAGGCGGCUCCUGCUGUUCCAGGUGCUAAUGGACAACCUGCCAAGCGGGGUCGUGGCCGGCCGCGCAAAACGGAUACCGGUCCGUCCACCUCUUCGGCUGCAGCACGAGACGCCACGCCACCGCGCGACCUGCCGGCCCACGAGCACUACUUCUUCCAGAACCGCGCCGGUGCCGGCAUCAAGACGUCCAACAACACACUGGCUGCGCUGCGUCUUCUGACAUACGACGAGUAUUUUCGACUGCGCGACGGCGGCACGGACAACAUUGUCAACCGCCACGAAAAGCAAAUCGGCUACCUCGAAGAGCUGCAUUCGCAGUCGUUUGCACAGUGGGCGUUUGAGCUCUCGCAAGGGUUUAGUGUGUGUUUGUACGGGUACGGCUCGAAGCAGCGCGUACUCCGCGCAUUUGCAAGAGCGCUGCACAAGGGCAUCCGCGACCACGACGCCCACAAAAUUGUCAUGGUGAACACAAACACAGCCGGCGCGGCGGCCACGGCGGCCGCGGCAGCCGCUGCGCCCUCGACCACAGGAGGUAGCAUGGGUAUGACCGCGUCCGCGGCCGCCUCCACGCUGCGGGACAUUAUGCUUGUCGUGGCCGCCGCCGCCGGCGGCGUGGCGUCCACAAAUGGGAAUGACGCCGCACAUACAGCAGCACCAAAGUUGCCCUCCGGGCUCGCUGCCGCGGAACGCAUUGUAAUGUCUCUCCUGGAUAAGGCUGGCAAGGCCGAGAGCGCCUUCCGGGUCACCCUCAUCAUCAGCGGCAUCGACAGCCCCAGCCUCCGCCGCCCGGCUGCCCAGGCAACGCUCGCGCGGCUGGCCGCCCACCGCAGCAUCAGCCUGCUGUGCGCAGCCGACACGCCCGGGUUCCCGCUGCUGUGGGACGGCGCCGCGCGCAGCCAGCAGAACUUUGUGUUCCACGACGCGACGACGUUCCGGCCGCUGGCAGGGCUGGACACGGUGGACGAGGUGCACGCGUUGCUAGGGCGGCGCAUGCGGCGCGUGGGCGGCAAGGACGGCGCAGCGUUUGUGUUACGGAGUCUACCAGAGAAUGCGCGGACGCUCUUCCAGCUGCUGGUGGGCGAGGUGCUGGCGGCCGACGAGGGACAAAAGGGCGGUGGUAGUGGUGGCGCCGGUGGCUUCGGCUACGACGACGAGGACGACGAAUACGGUGACAACGACGGAGGUGACCACGACGACGGUGCCGGCGAGUCGGUAGCGCUUGAGUACCGCAUGCUGUACAACAAGGCGGUCGAAGAAUUCAUCUGUAGUUCCGAGAUGGCCUUCCGGACGCUGCUGAAGGAAUUCCACGACCAUCAAAUGGUGUUGAGCCGAAAAGAUGCAUUUGGUACAGAAAUGCUAAGCCUGCCAUUCCGGCGCGACGAGCUAGAGGCGCUUUUGGAAGACCUUGCCUCGUGA